UCGAUUUUAGUCGGAAGGACUGACCCAUUGGAGCCCAUGGAGAGGGCUGUGGUGUUAGGGUUUAGUGCCUCCAAGCUCUGGGGUCCUCGAUCGCCUCUCCUACGCCAUGGCGCUGUGGUACUCCGGAGCCGCCGCACUUGCCCGCGCAUUGGACGAUGGCAAUCGGCUGCGAUUCCAGGCAAGUUCACGAUUAUCCGCAAUGCAUCGGUCACAAGCGUCAGAGAAGCGGCAAAUCUGCAAGAGGCGUCGCCGGAGGCGGCAUUCGUGCUGCUAGAUGUUGAAGGAAUGAUGUGUGGCGGCUGUGUUGCGCGCGUCCGGGGCCAGCUGAUGCAGGAUUAUCGAGUGGAGUCCGCGGCCGUGAAUUUGCUCACGGAGACGGCAGCGGUGAAAUUGCGGCCGGGUUGUGGGAAGCAGGUUGGAUCAGAGCUGGCGGAUCUUCUGACGGGUUCUGGAUUUCCUGCGAGCCUGAGGUCCGGGAAGGGGCAAGAUGACAAUGCAGGCAGAAAAAUCGAAGAACUCUCGAAGAAGAGGAAGGAAAGCUUGAGGAAGAGUACACAGAAGGUGGCAUUUGCUUGGACAUUGGUGGCUCUUUGCUGCGGAACUCAUGCCACUCAUCUUCUCCACUUCUAUCCAUUUAUCCACGAUUUUAUGCACAGCCCUGUGAUGGAAGUCGCUCAUGAUCCAUUGUUUAAAUGUGUUGUGGCAUUGACAACCUUGCUGGGACCAGCCCGAGAUUUGGUCGUGGAUGGUGGCAAAGCCUUUCUGAAAAGGGCCCCAAACAUGAAUACCUUGGUAGGAUUUGGUGCAUGGGCUGCAUUCUCAAUAAGCGCGAUGUCUCUAACAAUUCCCGAGCUGAACUGGGGAGCACCUUUCUUCGAUGAACCGGUAAUGCUACUUGGGUUCGUUUUGCUGGGACGUUCUUUGGAGGAACGUGCACGCAUUCAGGCAUCCAGCGAUAUGCAGAGACUCCUGUCUUUGAUUCCCGCGAAAUCAAGACUACAAGUUUCUGAACAGGCCAAUGACGAGAAUUUGACAGUGGACGUUGCGACCGAACAAGUUCGUGCAGGAGAUCGAGUGCUUGUAUUACCAGGAGAAGUGAUUCCUAUUGAUGGAACAGUUGUGAUCGGAAGGAGUUCCGUCGACGAAUCCACAGUUACGGGCGAACCUAUGCUAAUGACUAAAACAGUCGGAGACACCGUCUCGGCUGGAACAGUAAAUUGGGAUGGACCAAUACAAGUAACUGCUACAUGCACUGGGGCUUCGUCCUCCAUUUCUAGCAUAAUAAAAAUGGUGGAAGAAGCACAAGGUCGAGAAGCUCCUGUUCAAAGACUUGCCGAUACUAUUGCCGGACCUUUUGCGUUUGCGAUUAUGGCUUUGUCUGCAUCAACCUUUUCCUUCUGGUAUUUUCUGGGAACGCAUAUUUUCCCGGAUGUAUUACUGAACGAUGCGGCCGGUCCCGAGGGAAAUUCCUUGCUUUUAAGUCUGAAACUUGCAAUAGAUGUUUUGGUUGUAGCAUGUCCUUGUGCUCUUGGUUUGGCUACUCCAACAGCUGUGCUUGUGGGAACAUCUCUAGGAGCAAAGCAAGGACUCUUGCUGCGUGGUGGAGACGUUCUGGAACGUCUGGCAUCUGUAAAUGCCGUCGUUUUUGAUAAGACGGGAACUCUUACGCAAGGCCAUCCCAAUGUAUCAACAGUGAUGUCUGGAAGCAAUGAUUUUGACAAAGAUCGAAUACUUCAACUGGCUGCUACUGUGGAAGAACACUCAGUUCAUCCGAUUGCAUCAGCUAUAGUUGAGCAAGCAAACACACAAAAGCUGGAGAUGCUAGUGUCGGAAGGACAGCUGACGGAGCCCGGCUAUGGAGCACUAGCAAGAAUCGAUGGAAAGGUCGUGGCCGUUGGUCAGCCUCGCUGGGUGCAAGAAUGCUGCCUUAAGCUCGACAGCAUGGAAAGCACCGACGAGGGUGAGAGUAAGCUGGGAAAUCUCCUGGCCGACAGACAGAGCAUGGAGCAGUCUUCGACCACGGUUUACGUUGGGGUCGAAGGAGUUGGAAUCGUUGGAGCGAUAGCUCUCAGCGAUACUCUCCGUGCCGAUUCGAAAGUCACAGUUUCCAGGUUACGAGACAUGAAAAUUCGAACUUUGAUUCUCUCCGGCGACAGGAAAGAGGCAGUGGCAAGUAUAGGAAGGACUCUUGGCAUAGAAGGCGAUUCUUUGUUUGCGCAGCUCCGACCUUCAGAUAAGUCCAAGUUCAUUGCGAAGCUACGAGAUGGAGGCUCCAUAGUCGCGAUGAUCGGAGAUGGCAUUAAUGAUGCGCCUGCUCUAGCCAGCGCGGACGUUGGCAUCGCCUUGAAACUCCAGAACAAGAUCGACGCCGCCUCGGAUGCAGCCUCCGUCAUAUUGCUCGGCAAUCGCUUGUCGCAAGUCCUGGACGCUUUAAGCUUGAGCAAGGCGACCAUGAGCAAAGUGUACCAAAAUCUAGGAUGUGCUCUUGCGUAUAAUCUUAUCGCAGUGCCUGUCGCCGCUGGAGUCUUGCUUCCCGGAUAUGACUUUGCACUAUCGCCGUCAGCAGCAGGUGGUAUGAUGGCACUGAGCUCGAUCUUUGUGGUCUCGAACUCUUUGCUACUGCGGCUUCAUCGCCCUCCUAAACACUGACUGUAGUAGUACCCGAGCGGAUCACCACUGUACGUAUGUGUGUCUAUAACUUCCUAUAUCUUGUGGAUCUCUCCAUUCCACUCGGGCGGAUCCAACUUCA